AAAUAGGAAUAUUAUGCGACGAUAUAAAUCGCGGAACUGUGCGUACAGCAACGGAUUGCAAAGAACGAGAAAAAAAAGAAAUAAAAUAAUUAAAAUUAAUUCAUAAGGCCGCAUUGAAAUUGAACCGAUGUGUCGGUUUUCUUGGCAGUUUCUUCGCGGACUGUUCAAUUCUCCGCCUCUCUCAUCGCCUAUAAGAGCAGGGCCUAAGCAGAAUCAAACUGAAACAGCAAAAUCAAAAAUGGAGAAGGAGAGCGGAAUGGAGAGCAUACGCCACAGCACCGUGAGCGUGAACGGAAUCAAUAUGCACGUGGCGGAGAAAGGCGAAGGUCCGGUGGUCCUCUUCAUCCAUGGCUUCCCGGAGCUCUGGUACUCGUGGCGGCACCAGAUCCUGGAUCUGGCCUCGCGCGGCUACCGCAAAGAAAUUGGAAAUGGAAUUGUGAUGCAGGAACCUGGAGAAAUCGAGGCCGAGUUUGCUAAGAUUGGCACUGAAAGAGUUAUGACUGAAUUUCUUACUUACCAUACUCCAAAGCCACUGAUGCUUCCCAAAGGCAAAGGCUUCGGCCACCCACUGGACACUCCUAUUCCUUUGCCUCCAUGGUUGUCACACCAAGACAUUCAAUAUUACGCCUCCAAAUUCGACACCAAAGGCUUCACUGCCCCGAUCAACUACUACCGAAAUCUCGACAGGAACUGGGAACUCAAUGCUCCAUUCACAGGGGCUCAAGUGAAAGUUCCAGUGAAGUUCAUUGUGGGUGACCUUGACCUUUCCUACAAUUCUUUCGGAACUAAGGAAUAUAUAAACAGUGGGGAGAUGAAGAAAGAUGUGCCCUUCCUUGAAGAGGUCGUUGUGAUGGAAGGCGUAGGCCACUUCCUCCAAGAGGAGAAGCCCCGCGAGAUCAGCGACCACAUCUAUCAAUUCAUUACAAAGUUCUAAUACUAGUUGCAUCGCUAUGGUCUUCCCAGUUUAUUUGCAUAAUAAGGAUGGCCUGAACUCGAAACUCUCUCUAUUAUUGCAUUUCUUAGUUCGAUGCCUAUGGUUAUUUGAUGUAUCGACAAGUCUAGUAUUUCAAGAUAAUGGUGUAACCUGAACAAUAAUUGUAAAUUGAAAACUUGAGAUGUUUAGAGUU